AUGUCGCAAUUCCCAAACAAUUUCAACCAGCAAGCUUUCUUCGGUCAAGCUCGACCUAACAUGAAUGCCAAUGGAAAUGCUACUGGUUCUCCCAACCCGAACAUGAAUACCCCUUCACCAAUGAUGGGCAGUAUACGUCCAACGGCAUUGCAGCAUUUCAGUUCUCCCACUGCCUCGCCUUCACCCAAUCGACCCCAUCAGUUCAAUCCCUCUCAAUUGGCCUCUCUGACCGAUUUUCAUCAACGUCAGCAGGCUCUGUUAGCUGUUCAACAAGCGCAGGCCCAGGCUAGACAACAGGUUCAAGCUUCAGGUCAGAUGCAAAAUCUAGGUCAAGCUCAACCCAGACCCAACCUUCAGGCCAUGCAACAGGCCUUGCAGCAACGGCUACAAGCUCAACAGCAAAAUGCUUUACAGCAAUUCCUACAAAGCUCGAAUCAGAAUCAGGCAAUCACACCGUCUCAGUUACAGCAGAAUGGUGUUCAAUCGCAAAACCCACCUCUGCCAUUGGGUCAUCAGACUGUCACUCCUUCUACGAUUGCUCCUCAACUUCCCGCGCCUCCUCGACCUAUCAAUCAGAAUCCCGCUUUCAAUCCUGCGUUGCUGAAUGCAGCCAAGGUCGCGCAGAACACUGUCUCCAACUCUAGUCUGAAUCUCAGCGUCAAUCCCGCUUCGAUCUCUUCCCCUCAGAUAUCAAAGCCUGUCGUUCCUCUUACUCAAACAUUCACCCCACCGCCUGAAGGUAUUCCUCGUCCACCGUCACCGUUCAAGAGCGAUACCAAAGCAACCACCGAGAAAAGGGAUGAGGGGGAUAAUCAGGAUGGGAAGCCCGUAGAGAAAGAAAAGAAGAAGAAAGCGCCUAAGAAGAAGAAAGAUAAGAAAGAGGAUGAUCAGAUUAAAACCGAUGAAGGGAAGGAUAAGGAUAAGACGGAUAGUAACGCGGCUACACCAACGGAGAAACCUGUCAAACCUAAGAAACCAAGGACGGAAGAGGAAAAGGCCAAACGUGCUGAAGCUCGUCGAAGGAAAGUCGCGGCGGAUAAAGAAAAAGCUGCUGCUGCUGCUGCGGCUUCGUCUGCCCAGACUGGAGAUGGAGAUGCUGCUGUGUUUUCUGCUACUUCUACUUCAGCCAAUAAAGAGAGUUCUAUUGCGAACGAGGUGAAAGCUGUACAGAAGGAUGACGGAGCUAAGGAGAGGGAAAAGGAUAAAGAGGGUCAAAAAGCAGUCGAUUCGCGAGCUGCUGAGCCAAAAACAAUCUCGUCGGUGCCUGCAGCUGCACCCGAGACCAGAAGUAGGAGACAAGAAGGUAUGAGAGGGUCCAUGAGGAAUGAAAUCGCUCGUCUGAUGUAUGGAGCUGGCGAUGUGCCCGAACCUGAUAUCGAUACGGUUGAUUACAUGGAAGAUAUGGUGGUGGAGUUCUUGGCUGAUCUUUGUCGUCCGAUCCCACCCUUACGUCCAACUGGAACAUCAGCCUCUCAACCCUUACCUGUCCCUCUGUCAUUCGAUAUCAUCAGACAUCGACUUACCAACCCUAUCUACUCGAAAUACCUAGAAAGGUUCGAUCACAUGGUAUACAUGUCCGAGGUACUCAAGCAACAUCGUAGAAUCGCCAAUCCAAAUCUUAACGAUCUGGUGGAAAUUGUAGGAAACGAUUAUCUAGGAUUAGACGAUGAUCAACCCAACGUCGUCAGUAAUACGAGGUCGAACCAAGGUGGUGAGGGUGAUGAGAGGGGUAAGAAGAGAGGUAGGCCAAGUACUUCUGCGAACCCUAGAAGACCAUUGAAAGAUAAGUCUGAGAAGAGAAAACCUGGUCCCCAGAAGGGUUGGAAAUUGAAUAGAGUUUUGGAUCCGAAUGCCCCGCCUUCGUCACAAUCUAGGAAAUUAUCUGGGCAAGGGCAGAAAAGGAAAUAUCAAAGAAAACCUGGUCCAGCUCCUGGAGGAGGGUUGAAGAGGGAGGGAUCGAUGAAUAUCUGA